AUGGGUAAUCAAGAGUCUCAAGAUGUAUAAUUACAAAACAAAGAGAAAGAUUAUCAAGUGAAUCCUUAUAUGUAAUCUAAAACGACUAAAAAUUCAUCAGAUACUAAAAAAAGUUUAAAUAGUAUUUAAUAAUAGAUGAACAAAUAAAUAAUGACCCCUUUUAAGAUGAAUUUAAAUUUAAAGAUGAAAUAAACUCAGAAGUAAAGAUAUACAGUUUUUUGGGAAAGCCUAAACAAGUAAUUGAGUAAUAAUGAUUGUAUUUUUAUAAAUUAGUGGGAAGAAAAAUGAAGGAAAGGAAUAGAAUACUCAAAUAAAUUCUUAAUAAACCUAAAAUUCAUAAAAUUAAACUAAUAAUAAUUAAUAAAGUAACAAUUAUUCUAUAUAGUUAAGAUAAUGGUAAUAUAGAAGGAACAAUAUAAAUAGGAAUAGCUCCAAUAAUAUAUAUUGAGUCAGUUCAAACCACUUAGAUUAGUAUUGAAGAGUAUUAUUAGCCUUGGUUAAAAUAANUUACUAAUUUUAAUUUAGGUUACUAAAUAUAUUUUACAAUUGAAUAAGGAGGAAUUAUUGAUUAUUUUAAAUAUAUACUCUAUAUUUUGA